GUCGCGCUCACUUCGUCGUGUACGUUCACUCCGCAAUCAUGUUCGCAGCCCUCAGGUCCGCCUCGUCCUCGCGCAUGCCCGCAAGGGCGUUUAGCACCAGCGCGUCGCGCGCCGCAGACCUUGCCAAACUCACCCUCAUCGGUCGUCUGGGCAAGGAUCCCGAGGUGAAGACGACCAAGACGGACAAGGAAUACGUGACCUACGUUGUCGCAACCAGGGCGUUCCCUCCCCCUCCCCCUGAUGCGUCUGGCGAGCGCCCACCCGCCGCCGCGACCUUCCACCGCGUCUUCUCCUUCAACCCCAGUUACAACAAGUACCUUGCCACACUGAAGAAGGGCACGCACGUCUACGUCGAGUGCAACUUUGAGCUCCGUGAGCCGGAGAGGAACGCGGACCCCACCACGCCGGAGGGCCAGCGCCAGAUCUUCUUGCGGCAUGAGCAAAUCCGCGUCUUGGGCUACCCUAAGAACGACCACCCCGCUGAGGAGUCAGACCACGAGUAGUUU